CAGAGUUUGUCACCGGCUUGGUAGCCUAUUCAACUUUCUGAGUCACCGGAAAACUGAUUGAAAAUAUUGAGUCGAGGAAUCAUCGAUCUUAUUGUAAUUGUGGAUUGUGAAUGAUGACUAUGUACCACUCACGACACUCUACCGACUAGCCCAGUGCAUGACAUGGCUUUCAUGUAAGAAUGCUCCCUCGAUCAACAAGAUCUUCAUUACGACUUGUACGACCUUUUCUUCAGAGUGAUCGACCAAGAAGGCUAUCCACGAUGGCACCAAUUCAACUCAGUCUCACACCAGCUGAGAAGCUGUUCCGCCAGUGCUUGGUGGAUUGCCGCGACGAGAUGCAAUCUGUACCUGGAAUGAAAGACCUGGAACUGCGCUGGACGGGAGGCUGGGUCCGGGACAAACUUCUCGGUGUGCAAAGCCACGAUAUCGAUGUUGCACUCAGUACCAUGACAGGCCUGCAGUUUGGCCAGGCUUUGCAGGUCUUCAUGAAGCAUCACGGGAGCAAGUACGAAAACGAAGCGAAACAGCAAGGCUUCAAUUCGGAAGUCAAAGACAUCCACAAGAUUGCAGCAAACCCGGAAAAGUCCAAACAUCUCGAGACCAUCACGACGAGAAUGUUUGGCAUUGACGUCGACUUUGUCAACCUCCGCAAGGAAGUCUACAACGAACAGACGCGGAACCCUGAGAUGGAGUUUGGCACAGCUGAAGAAGAUGCGAUGCGACGAGACGCUACGGUCAAUGCUCUCUUCUACAACCUAGACUCGCUUGCCGUGGAGGACUUUACGGGAUGUGGCUUGGAGGACAUGAAGAACAAAAUUAUACGGACACCCCUUGAGCCAUACCAGACGUUCAAAGAUGACCCUCUUCGAGUUCUGCGGCUGAUUCGGUUCGCAUGUCGACUAAACUACGAGAUCGAAGCGGCUUCGAAGGACGCUAUGAAGGACAAAUCCAUACAUGAGGCACUGCGGAUCAAGAUCAGCAGAGAACGCGUCGGGACCGAGAUCCAUAAGAUCAUGACCGGACCAGAUCCCUACACAGGUCUGAAGUACGUCGAUGAUUUCGACCUAUAUUCUGUCGUGUUCGCCGACCCCAACGAUGAUUACAAAGUCGACAACAAAGUAGCUCUUGGAGCCUACGACGGACUGCGACGCAUCCUCGAUGAAAAGCCUGCGUUAUGUCUGGGUCUGAAACCCAAGGAGAAUCAAAGCCUGAGUUGGUUUCUCGCAGCAUAUGUUCCAUGGUCAGAGUCGUCGACCAAAGCAUACACAGCUGCCUGGGAGGGGAUCAAAGCCACCAAUAGUUUCCGCAAGGUGCUGAAGGAGGCUAUCGAUUAUCGUUCCGCUAUCGUCGAGGUGGUCGACCUUGUAGGUUCCGACAAUGCUACGCGAGCAGAUGUCGGCAUGACAUUGCGACAGAGCAAAGAAGCUUGGAGAUCGCAUGUGCUCUACUCACUCCUCUGUGAGGUUGCUGAUGGAGAUUUUGACAUGGCUACAAAGCGCUACGAGAAGUUUGUGUCCUUUGUUCACAACCAACAAUUGGAGAAUGCCCAUACCAUGGCACCCAUACUCAAGGGGAAUGAGAUUAAGGACGCCUUGGGCGGGCCCAAGGGUGGACCUUGGCUGAAGCAAGCGGUCGAUGUCCUUGCUCAGUGGCAAUUCAACCAUCCAAAAGCUACGAAACAAGAGGCCAUUGAGAUGAUUGCCAAUCAAAAGACCGAGUUGGGGCUGGAUUGA